AUGGGAAACGAGCACAGCCAUGAUGGGAAAAAGACGAAACAAUCAGCUCAUGAUGGUGCAAAAGGUGAUCACGUCGAUCCGCGAGCGAAAACCGCCUUCAACGUGCUCUCGGCUGGGACAAACACUGUAACGGAAGCUCAUGUUAAGAAACAAUUCACAGAAGAUUUGGCUGACUCGUUGUGGAAGUACUUCUCUGCCGAUUCCCCGUCAGCAAGCGGUCUCACUUUCGAGCAACUUUCUUCAAAGUUGAUUCCACUUUUUGGCACCUCAACAGAUAUUUACGUGAAAAUAUGUCAACCAAUUCAUCAUUUCAUCAAAGUGUGCCUCGAAUCGGCGGGUGGACAAGCUUACGAGAAUGAUGUCACGUUUAUCAAUUUGCUCAUCAAAGAUAUAACAAAACAUGGCGACGCGUGGACAUCGAUUGUCGAGUGGAAAAACGUGCGUUGUCCCCGUUUCUGUCAUGCUCUUCAAGGAGUUGUCUUAAACAAGCUACUCAACUAUGAUAUGCCCAAUAUCGAUCUAUCAUCGGACGUCCUAUCUCCACUUCAAAUGCUUUACCUGCAAAGCUCAUUACCGACUUCUUAUUUUCCGAAAGACAAGGCUUCCGGUGAAAUUGUUCGUUGGACUCCGCUCUAUACAAGUGCCAUGCAGGGUGUCAGUGUGAAUCGCUUUGAAACGAAUGUUUUUGAUUAUAAAGGCCACACUGUCAGUAUAUUCUCAACAAGGGACAAAAGAACGGUGGUUAUUGCAAGUGAUACAACGUUGAGGAAUUCAACGGCUCCAUAUGGUGGCUCGGAUACAGUCUAUUAUGAGAUUAGCCCAGCGCUAAUGCGGAUAGAGGCCAUGAACUCGAUUUACUCAAACUUUAAGAUUCGAUCAGCUUCUCUGGGUUUCUCCUUCAAAGACCUUUUGAAAAUCGACAAGGAGUUGAGCGAAGUGACAGCUAUUGAGGUUUGGGGAUGUACUGGUGGAAAUUCACUGCAAGAACAACGAAAGCUCCGCGAAUGGCAGAACAAUCAAGCAGAGCGGAACAAAAAAGUGCCACUACCGGGUAACUGGGACGACAAUCCGGAUAAAUCGUUGCUUGAGAUGGCCGGAUUUCAAUUCAGUAACGAACGAGCGAAUAUGGAGAUAGAAGCUCGUCGACGGGAAGAAGCGAACAAAUCAUCG